AAAGAUAUAAAAACCGGUUAUUUUUAAAGUCGCUUCAUUUUAAUUUUCUUAUAAUAUCAGACUAGAGGCUGACAUAAUUUCAAUAAAAAAGCAAAACUCCAUUUAAUGCGUUAAGUUUUUGAUUCUUACUGUAUUUGAAUUUUCUAUUGAAUUAUUGAAUUACACAAUGUCUUCUUUACCUAUUGUAUCAAUAAUACGCCGUGAAACUUUCAGUUCCGCUCAUAGGCUGCACAGCCCGUUUUUAAGUGACGAAGAGAACAAAAAAGUUUAUGGUAAAUGCAACAAUCCUAAUGGUCACGGUCAUAAUUAUGUUGUUCUUGUAACAGUAAAGGGUCCUGUAGAUCCUCAAACUGGUAUGGUGAUGAAUAUAACUGACCUCAAGAAAUACAUAAAAACAGCCAUCCUGGAACCACUCGACCAUAAGAAUUUAGAUAAUGAUGUUCCAUACUUCAAAACUAUGGCAAGUACUACAGAAAAUGUCGCAAUAUAUGUCUGGGACCAACUUCAAAGAAUAAUGGAAAAACCACAAUUACUGCAUGAGGUUAAGAUCCUAGAAACUGAAAAAAAUCAUGUUGUGUACCGUGGUGGUAAUACAUACUCUAGGAAAAAGCCUGACUCCUCUUGUCACCGAAGUCAUGUUUCUCAUGAAGUUUCCUCAGAUUCUGACUAACAAAAUUCUUGAAUCUUGAAUGUUUUUAUAAUGAAAAAUAUUUUAUAUUACUAUUGUUAGGUGAUGUAUACAUUCCUUAAGUAAGACAGAUCAAAGAAGCUAAUUUUUAUAAGAAUAAAAUUAAAACAUUAUAAUUACAUAUAUUAUGUUUCUAAAAUAUUUUAAAUUAUUAAAAUGGCUGAAUUGGCUAUGCACCUUAUGUGAUGACCUAAUAAUUACAGAUUAAAAUUUUUAUUUAUGAUCGAAUAUUUUAAUAAAAUAUUUGUUCUGAAAAUCAGGUUCGUUUUACCAUAUUGUAACCUGGUGUACAUUUUAAAGUUUAUAUGUUUUGAAGAAUGUAUGAAUAAGUGAAACUAUACAGCUUGAAUAAAUGUUUCUUGCCAUCUUG